CACCAAAUAGUUGUCCAACCUCCUCAAAAGAAACUCGCGCCCGAUAUUUAUACCACUCCCCGCUCACCUACUAACUGAUCACCGCCCAAACCAAAAUGGCAGACCACUCCACGGCCGCCGCCGCCGGCCGGAGGCAGCACGUGGCCAUCGAAAUCGAGCCGACCGCCUCCGACAGCAACCUCGUCACUUCCAUCCUCCACCAGAUGGAAAUCGUCUCCUCCCUCCACUCUAUCUGCCGUGUAAGUCCCACGCGCCGGGAGUCGAGCAAAAAAUCCUACACCCCGCAGAAAGUCGCCAUCGGCCCUUACCACCGCGACGGCGCGACGGCCGCCGAACCCCUCAGACCAAUGGAGGAUCACAAGUGGCGUUACGUCCACGCGCUCCUCGGCCGGCGGACCGACCUGGAGGCCAGCCUGAACGACUGCGUUUCGGCGCUCAGGGAACUGGAGCAGAGGUCGCGCGCCUGUUACGCGGGCGACGACGUGGAUGUCCCCGCCGGCGACGAGUUCGUGAAGGUCAUGUUUUUGGACGGAUGCUUCAUCAUCGAAUUGUUCUUGAAGUACUCGACCAAGGUGCUGCGACGUCGUAACGAUCCGAUUUUCGCGGUCCCCGGGAUGCUGUACGACCUGCGGUGCGAUUUGGCUCUGCUGGAGAAUCAGAUCCCGCUGUUCGUCCUUCAGCGGCUGUUUCAGGUCGUCCCGAUUCCUAAACAGUGCGCCAAUCUUUCUCUCGCCGAGCUCGCUUUCCGUUUCUUCAAGAACAUGAUUCCAGGAGACAUAUUGAGUCACAGGGAGAAGUUCACCCAAGAAGGAAAUCAUUUGCUCGAUUUAAUCUGUCACUGUCUGCUCCCGACGCUUCCAAGGCUCCCAUCCUCCAAAUCCCACAAGCACCUACGUUCGGUGACGGAUUUGCAUAGUUCAGGAAUCAAGAUCAAGAGGGCCAAAACAGAGAACUUGCUCGACGUCAAGUUCGUUAAUGGCAUUCUGAAAAUCCCACCAAUUGAGGUCCAUCAGCACACGGAGUUGCUGUUGAGGAACCUCAUCGCGCUCGAGCAGUGCUCGAACGUCCAUGGCACCGUGCACCACGUUACAUCGUACGUGGUGCUCGUCGCGAGCUUGAUCGAGAGCGAGAGAGACUCACGGAUCGAGGAGCGAAAGAAGAAGGGAAAGCGAUGGCAGACAGUGGUAGAAGGAUCGGCGUGGCGGUGGAUUUCUCCCCGUGCAGCAUCAAGGCUCUGAAAUGGGCGAUCGACAACCUCGCUCGCGACGGCGACCACCUCAUCCUCGUCCACACCCGCCCCGCCGAAGACGCCGAAUCCGGCGAGAUGCUGCUCUGGGAAACCACUGGCUCCCCUCUGAUUCCGCUGGUCGAGGUCUCCGAUCCGGCGACGAUGAGCAAGUACGGGGUCAAGCCUGAUCCGGAGACGCUCGACGUUCUCAAUACUGCUGCCAGACAGAAGAAGCAGAUUAUCGUGGUGAUGAAGAUCUACUGGGGAGAUCCAAGGGAGAAGAUCUGUGAAGCAAUCGAUCGCAUCCCUCUCACUUCUCUGGUUAUCGGCAACAGAGGCUUCGGCAAGCUCAAGAGGGUGAUAAUGGGAAGUGUGAGCAACUACGUGGUGGAUAAUGGGACUUGUCCUAUUACGGUGGUGAAGGGUCCAGCUCAUGAAUGAUGAAUGAAGCUUUAGCUGACUUGUUUUUCAGUCUGUCUGUCGUUACUGUGGCUGUGUGGAGGCUUUCAUUGUGUAUGUAUAAUGUAUCCAAGUAGCUGGUAAUUAAUAAGCCAGCGAGUGUAAUGUAUGUUUCUCUUUUGGUCCCAACCUAAUCUGUCAUUUUGU